AAUAAAUACACGCAUCAGGUUGUGGGGAUUCAUCUAGAACAUACGCCACCGCUCUGGCUGCUUUUUUACAGUAUAUUUGGCUAUUUGCAACUGCAUAAAAGUAAAGUUAAGGAGAACGCACAGUGAAUUAAGUAAAUCAGAUGAUGCCCAAGGAAUCAAAUGAGUCCUCCAAUGAGGAGCAGAUCAAGAUUGACAAAGAUGGGAUGGAGGUAGCUGGAGACUUAACAGAACAAUCAGAAGAGAUGAUCGGGAAGAGAAUCAGGAGACAUUCUCCCAGCCCUCACAGACUCACCCCACAGUCCAGUCCACCCAGGUUUGUCUCAGUAGAGGAACUUAUGGAGACCGCCAAAGGAGUAACUAAUAUGGCACUGGCCCAUGAGAUAGUGAUGAACAGUGCUUUUCAAGUGAAAGCUUAUGAACCAAAAGAGGGAAGUUUGGAGAAACGGGUCAAGGAAAUUAUGCAUAAAGCAUUCUGGGAUUGUCUUGAGUCACAGCUGACCGGAGAUCCACCAUCGUAUACCCAUGCUGUCAUACUGGUUGGGGAUAUUAAAGAAACCCUGCUGUCUUUUCUGUUGCCAGGACAGAGUCGAAUGAGAGGGCAAAUUGAAGAGGCCCUGGACCUCUCAUUGAUCCAGCAGGAGGCUGAAAACGGGGCCUUGGAUAUCAGUAAAGUGGCUCAGUUCAUUAUUGACAUGAUGGGCACUGUUUGCGCACCCUGCCGGGAUGAGGACGUCAAGCAGCUUCGUGAAAUCACUGACAUCGUACCCCUUUUUAAGUCUAUGUUUGCAGUGCUGGACAAGAUGAAGUUUGACAUGGCCAACUUUGCUGUUAGCAGCCUCCGACCUCACCUCUUACAACAGUCAGUGGAAUACGAGCGAAAGAAAUUCCAAGAGUUCAUGGAAAAACAGCCAAAUGCUUUAGAUUUCACAAAGAAAUGGCUCCAGGACACAGCAGAUAUUGUAACUGGUGUAGAGGGAGAAGGUGGAGCUGCGUGCUCACCAAAUUCUGCCCAACUCCCUCGUACUGUGCACAAUCACGCCUAUUUACGCCUGUUAAAGUGGGACCAUGAUGCAGAGUCCUUUCCUGAGACUUUUCUCAUGGACCAGUCCAGGUUUCAGGAGAUGCAGCAGGAAUUGGAACAGCUGGCAUUGGUGGCAACAGUCCUGCUCAUAGUGUAUAACAGUGCUGGAGAGGCCAUUUCUGGACUUCCGGGCCUCACAGAGAGACUCAAGAAAAUCAUUAAGAUUCUAUUAGCGGAAAUGUACACACCGUCCUUUAAAGCAGAUGAUACCUUUGCUGCCAUUGGAGAGAAGUUGUGUUUGGAGCUCAAAGGAUGCCUGUCUCAGCAUGGCUUUUCCCCGUUUUCCGCAGACAGAGAGAGCACUUUGAAAGGCCAAAUUGUAGCUGUCAAGUCUGCAGACAACCCCAUCCGUAAGGUCAUUGAUUCCCGAAUCCAGAGUUACCUUCUGGGGUUCCUGGAGUCAAGCUUUCACAAGAGUGCCCCAGUCCUCCCUGGGGGUCUGGCACCCAUCAGCAAAGAGUUGGAGGAGAUUGCUGUUAAGCUGGGACGUUUGGUGACUUUCAACAAACUAGUGUACUCUCCUUUCUACCAAAAGAUCCUACAAGAUAUUUUGAAACAAGGGGAAAGUGUAGAUGUGUAAACAAACAUCCAAGAUACUAAGCACUUGUGGUCCUGGCUUUCACAUGCUAUCUAUUGUAGCUACAUAAUAAUAUAAUGUAAUAGUACGCAAAUUUUUGUGUCAAUGAAAUACAGUACCUAAUUUACCCUUGAAUGCUCACAUGCUAGCACUGUUACCAAGGGAGUUUUUGUCUCUUUGUGUCAUUUAUGAACAUUCCUGUCCUCAUCUCAUUGCAUUCUAUAUCAGGAAAUAUUUAUGAAUGUAUCCAGACAGAGAUUUGCCUAAAGCUUGGAUUACUUUUGGAUACAUUGGCGAAUGGUUACAAACGUCUACUGAAUUGUAAGAGAGGAUAAUUAACUAAUUUUAAAUACUGUUACUGUGUGUAACUAAAUAUUUAAAUAACUGCUUGCAUCACUUCCAGCAAUAUUUUGAUUAAUUUUAAAUUAGCUGUCAAGGCCCAAACUGUUGUGAUGUUUCUGGCUAAUUUGGUUGGAUUGUGGUUAUAUCUGUGGGAAAGCAUGUACUGUGUUUGACUGUUGCCUUAGUUUGUGAAGUGCCACCCAUAUUCAAAUGCACCUUUUUCUCUUUAUUGUUAAGAUUAAGUUCCUUUUAACCAGCUGAAUAUUCCCAUAUUGACAUCUUUUACAGAUUUUGUUUUUCUAUCAAUGCUGAUCCUGUUUUACAAAAGAUACCUCAACUACAGAUGUAUUUCCCUAGACUCCAAAUGAACUUCUAUCUUUUUUUAUUUAUUUUUAGUUAACUUUCAUUAACCUCUGAUAUUUGUCUUAUCAAUGCAGUUUUACCCACAGUUAUUUUUAACAGAAUUGGCACAUUCUUAAAUUACAAUGUUAAAUGUGUACAUAUUAUAUGAAGCACCCACAUUUUUAUGAGCUGAUUCAUGUACAUUUCCCAUAAACUGCACUGUGCACCACCUUCCACCACUGUGUAAUCAUUAGUCAUGUUUUUGUUCCCAACUACUUUGCAGACUUAGCAGUGUUGUGUGUUGUUUCUUGUGAAAUAUCCAUGACAGCUUUUAAAUGAUAAGCUUCUCCUAAAUAAACAGGUCUUUAACCAGCUUUUUGUC